AUGGCGGCGGCGGCGGCGGCGGCGGCGGCGCGCUCCGCUUCCGUAUUCGCAUCUCCGUCAUACAGUUUAACAAAAGCGGCGAAUAUCCGCUCCUUCACGGCGUCCUCCUCUUCCUCUCUUGUUUAUAAUAUUGUAUUACGCGCUCCUCCUACCUUUCUCUCCGAAUCUGGCAGGGUAUUUUCUAGGAAAUCAUGUCAGAUAAAGGCAGCAACCUUGCAAGAGAAAGAAGAAAAAGUAGGAGUAGAAGACUAUUUUCAUGUUAAGACGAUGCCUAACACAAUUAACGAGCCAACAGAGGAUGGCAACUCUUCUUCAAAGGAACCUAGUGUGGUGGAGAAAUGGGUCAUCAAGUUUGAGCAGUCAUUGAAUGUCCUCCUCACGGAUUCAGUAAUCAAGGUACUUGAUUUAUUUUACCAAGACCGUAAUUACGCAAGGUUCUUUGUAUUAGAAACAAUUGCGAGAGUACCAUACUUUGCUUUUAUAUCUGUACUGCACAUGUACGAGAGUUUUGGGUGGUGGAGAAGAGCUGAUUAUCUAAAAGUCCAUUUUGCAGAAAGUUGGAAUGAGUUGCACCAUCUAUUGAUUAUGGAGGAGCUUGGUGGCAAUGCUUUCUGGUUUGACCGCUUUCUUGCCCAACAUAUUGCAAUCUUUUACUACUUCAUGACGGUCUUCAUGUAUGCACUGAGCCCAAGAAUGGCUUAUCAUUUUUCUGAAUGUGUUGAAAGGCAUGCAUACUCAACUUAUGACAAAUUUAUAAAAAUCCAAGGAGAGGAGUUGAAGAAAUUACCUGCCCCACAGGUUGCUAUAAAUUAUUACAUGAAUGAAGAUCUGUAUUUGUUUGAUGAAUUCCAAACCUCCAGAGCUCCAAACACCAGGAGGCCUAAGAUAGAGAACCUGUAUGAUGUAUUUGUGAACAUCAGAGAUGAUGAAGGAGAACACUGCAAGACCAUGAAAGCCUGUCAAACUCAUGGAAACCUUCACUCUCCUCAUUCAUAUAUGAACAGGGAUCCUACCGAUGCAGAGUGUUCUGUGCCUGCUGCUCACUGCGAAGGCUUUGUAGAUUGCUUAGCAAAAUCACUGACAACAGAUAAAUAAUGUAUCAGCUCAAAUAUUAUGUAUAUCAAUAAUCAUCAGAAUGAUGAUUCUAUAGAGUCAAUAUAUAUGUUUUUUUUUCUUUUUUUGAAGAAUAUAGACAUAUAUUCAUAUGUAAUAGUUUUUUAAUAUUUCAUAAUAAAAGAGUUUAUAGA